AUGGGUAUGAACGAUCUUCCAUCCGAUAUUUCAUGGAAUGUAUUUUCUCGUUUAGAUGUUGAUUCAGUUUUAGAUUGCAAACUGUUCUGCAAACCAUGGCGCAAUCUCAUUAAGAAUCCAUCCUUUGCUCGAAUGCAUCUUGCUCGCCGUAAGUUAAUGCUGCAGAAACCUGACGAGGAUGACAUUCAGGAUCUUUCAACUAAUGCAUGUGAUACUGCUCAAUUGGGGUUUCUUUGCUUACAACGAAUCGACUAUGAAUCGCAUGACGCUAGACUUCACUUUGUUGAAUGCAAUAUGGAUACUGAGAAGAAGGCGUAUGCAGUUAAAUGUAAAACGAUCAACAUUCCUCCCAUUAAUAACUUUAAUGGGGAUGCCUCCACGAUUAAUUCGUGCAAUGGUUUGAUUUGUUCUACCAUUCGUCACCAUCGAUUGAAUGACCCUAUUCACAUAUAUAACCCUGUCACCAGAGAAUAUGUUUAUCUUCCUAGAUACACGAGUGAAGACAAAGGUGGUGCAUCUCGGAUGAAGUGUGGGUUUGGUUACAGUCCUUCAACCGAUGAGUACAAAGUUGUUAGAAUAUUCUACAAACAUUUAGGUGAUCGCAGAUGGUGGUUUCAGGUCUAUACUCUUGGGAGUGAGAGUAAUAAAUGGACGGCGGAAAAAGAAACCCCCUACCCGUUGUUUCAUAAUGGCUGUCGGUAUUCAAAAGGUGUUCUUGUAAAUGGAGAUAUACAUUGGCUGGAUAAUGCGUCAAAGAUUGUUGCCUUCAACUUAGCUGAUGACGAAUUCCAUUAUAUACCUUCACCACCUCUUGUAGAAGGCAGUACUUGUGGUAAGAGUCUUUCCGUGCUUGGAAACUGGUUAUGUUUUGUUCAUCACAAAUCAGACAAAAUGAAUAAAAAUACACAUGUCGACAUAUGGUUACUCAAAAAGAACAAUGACAUAAACGUGCAACAAAAUGGAACUUGUAAUUGGAACAAGGAAUUUACUGUGCAAGCUGAAACUAGCAUCAGUCUUACUCCACUUGCUUUUACCACGAAAGGCAAGGUUUUAUUUUGGCAGGAUCGUGAAUUUGUCUCUUGUUACGAUCCAAAAACUGCAGUACUUGAAAAACUUAGUAAGGGUGAAGAUGAUUAUAAAGUCUCUUUGAAUUCUUAUGAAGCAACUCCUCACAUUAACAGUUUCAUUUCACUGAAAGCUCUUGGUGUCAAAAAAUGCAGGAGAAGACUACAAUAUAAGGGUAAGUAA